ACCAGACCAGAGGUCUGUGCCCUGGUAAAAUGGUAUAAUUUACCAGCAGUAGCUAUGUAAUGCAUUGAUGCCUUAUUAGGGACGUAUGGGGGAAAAUAUUUUAUGUAAAAUUUGGUGUGUUUAAUGAAAACAAAAUUGAUUUACAUGCUGAUUUAAAAACUUUUGUUAACAGAGAAAACAUCCAUCCAAGCUGAACGCCUUCAGUGACUUUAUAGCAACGCGAAAGCGAGCCCUGGAGCAACCAGAACCUCCAAGAAAGCAAGCAAAAAUCAGUGAUGUGAUGGCAGUGGGUGCAAACAGACGAGUAUCAAAGGCAAAGGUUGACAAGCUCAUGAUUAAUUUCAUUUGUGAAGGUCUUUAUCCAUUUUCUGUGGUUGAACAACCGUCUUUUAAAGAACUUUUGUUGACACUGAAUCCUCAGUGCAAAGUGAUUUCCAGACCCACUCUCAGGAGCUGAAUAGAGGGAGCUGCUAAUCAGAUGAAAAAAACUUUGAUGUUGCACCUCAGUAAAGUCAGCCAUGUUGCCACCACUACAGAUUGUUGGACAGCACACCAGCAAAGUUUCAUAGGAGUCACAGCUCAUUGGAUAGAUGAGGAAACCUUGGAGAGGAGAUGUGCUGCCCUUGCUUGCCAGAGGUUGAAAGGGUCCCACACCUUUGCUGUCCUAGCUGGUGCCCUUGAUGACAUUCAUUGUCAAUACAGAAUAAGAGGGAAAGUAGUAAGAACGACAACAGACUUUAUUAAAGCAUUCAGUGUGUUUGGUGAACAAAGUCAGCCUGAGGAAGCGGAGUUGGAGUCAGAUCAAGACUUUUCUGGAGAGACCAAAGCAGACUACCUGGACACAUUCACCAUCCUGGAGCAAGAUAGCAGUCUUGAGUACCAGCUACCACCACAUGAAAGGUGUGCAUGCCACCUAUUAAAUUUAGUCGCCAUAACAGAUGCUGCCAAGGCAGAAGAGAUGAAUGGUGCAUACAAACGGCUAUCACGAGCAGCCUUUGGGAAAUGCCAAGCAAUCUGGAAUAAGUCAGGUCAGUCCUACAUGGCAGCAGAAAUUGUGGAAAGUGAAUGCAAGUUCCCGCUCAUCCGGCCAACUCAAACUCGGUGGAACUCAAGAUACACAGCUCUGGAGAGAAUCAUACGGAUCAUACAAGAGAAGGGGGAGGAUGCUACCAGGAAUGUAUGUGAAAAACUCAAAGUGAAAAUGCUGAGUCCAGCUGAAAUUGCUUUCCUGACUGAUUACUGCACUAUGAUGAAGCCUGUGGUGAAGGCUUUAAACAUCCUUCAGUCUGAGACCAAUACACACAUGGGGUGGCUUCUUCCAGUGAUCUUCCAGCUAAAAGCUAAACUCAGCAGACUGGAGACCUCCACCAAAAUGUGUCUCCCACUCAUCAGAGCCAUUCAGGAUGGUGUCCAAAAGCGCUUUGGUGGGAUGAUGGAAGACCCUGAACUGAUUGCUGCUGCAAUCCUUCUUCCGAAGUCCACCUGGACUGAGAGGCCUGAUAUCAUAGAAGCAGGUCUGAUCUAUGUGAGACAAGACCUUGACCAGAUGGCAGAGGCUGGGGUGGAGCAAGUCAAGCAACAUUCAUCAGAUGAAGAAGACUUCUUUUCAAUAAAGUCCAAAAGGCCACAAGGGUUCUUCUUCUAAGAAGCAAAGCAAAGAUGUGGAGCCUUCAGAAUCUCCUGUUUACCAUCUGCAUUGCUCUGAUAUGUGUGACCAGUGCAGUGGGGGUGAUCCAUGUGACUGGAUAUCUGGGGAGUAAGGUUGAAAUUUCCUGCUCUUACGGUCCAGGUUAUCAAUCUUAUGAAAAGUAUCUGUGUAGGAACGACUGUGAUGACAGUGAUGUUCUUAUUACAACAUCGGAAUUAACAAAAAACAAAUACAAGACCCAUGAUGACAAAACGGCACGAAUCUUCACAGCAAUCAUCUCUGAUCUUCAUUCUACGGAUGCUGGGAAAUACUGGUGUGGAGUGAGCAAAAAUUGGAACGAUAUCUACACUGAAGUUAAGCUGGAAUUGGUACCAGACAGCUGCUGUGACAGUGUGACAAAAGUUGAAAGUUAUGCAGGAUAUUCAGUGUCCUUCAGUUGUCCGUAUGAGUCAAGUUACCAGAACAACCUGAAGUACAUCUGCAAAGGAACACGGCCCUCCAUAUGUCUGCAGCAGGCACUAAUCACCUCUGACAACAGAGAAAAUCCACGAUUCAGUCUUGAUGAUGAAAAGAUGUCAACAAAAUUCACAACAAAGAUUAGCAGUUUGACCCAAAGUGAUUCAGGGCGUUACCUUUGUGGCAUCCAAAGAAACUCUGACCUGCAUCUUUUUUGUGCUUUUGAGCUGAAAGUUAAAGACCACUGCUGUGAUACUGUGACCAAUAUUGAAAGUUAUGAGGGAUAUUCUAAGUCCAUCAAUUGCCCUUAUGAGAAUCAGUACCGGAACAGCCUGAAGUACAUCUGCAGAGGAAACCGGCCCUCCACAUGUCUGCAGCGGGCACUGAUCACCUCUAACAACAGAGAAAAUGGACGAUUCAGUCUUGAUGAUGAAAAGACAUCAAGAAUAUUCACACUGACAAUUAGCAGUUUGACCCAAAGUGAUUCAGGGUAUUACCUUUGUGGUGUUCAAACAAACUCUGACCAUGAUGUUUUCUCUGCUGUUGACCUGAAAGUCAAAGAGUGGUGCUGUGUCAGGUCAACUGAAAUAACAGGUACUGUGGGACAUCCACUAACUCUGCAGUGCCCUUAUCCUCGACAACAUCGGGAUAACAGGAAGUUCCUCUGUAAGGGAGACCACCGCAACAGCUGCAGAGACAUGGUGAUGAGUGAAAGCAGAUUCGCACUACGAGAUGAUAUUUAUUCCAGCUCUUUCUCAGUGAUGAUCACAAAGCUAGAAGAAGCAGAUGCUGGGACCUACUGGUGUGGGUCAGACUCACGGUGGAGAGUUGGAAACUACACCAAGAUUCAGCUGUCAGUCGAAUUUCUGCAGCAUACCAGCACUGUACCUUCUACAGUAAAAACUCCUGGAAAAACUGUACCUCCUACAUCAGAAAAUCUUGUAAAAACUCAAACUUCUACAAUGAAAGCUCUUGGAAAAACUCAAACUUCUAUAAUGAAAGCUCUUGGAACAACUCAAACUUCUACAAUGAAAGCUCUUGGAAAAACUCAAACACAAACUCCUGGUCAACCUGUUAAAGAUGCAGCACUUUAUGUUCCUUUCACCGUUCCCCCUGUGCUGCUGCUAUUGAUAGGCAUCCUUGUGGUUGUAGUUUACAAGUGGAAAUAUCACAAAGUAAAAGAAGAUGAAGCCAUCGUGGACAGAAAUGCACCCAAGGCAAAAGGUUUAGAGGAAGUGAUGGGUGCAAUGGACAAUGAUAUUUAUGGAAACCAAGAAGUUAUGAUGUACUCGAAGAAGCAGACCUCCAAACAACAGAGUGCCUGUGCCCAAUAUGAAGAUGAAGAUGAAGAACAAGACUAUGAAAACUUCACAACAUCUGAAGACAUCUACUGUAAUGAAAAUUUCCAUCUAGCCAAUAGAAAAUAAUCAGUGUAAGGAGUUUGGAAAGAAACACGUCUGGACUUUAGAGAAUUCCACCAAUUGCUCUUAGAACUAAAGAAGCUUCUCGGAUGAGAGAUAAAACGUGUUCAAGAAACUUCCAGAUGCUUUUCUUUCCAGCUCCUUAGACUGCGAUGACCUGGAUGAACCUUCACAGACAUAAAAUAAACAGAGUUUUAAUUUGAAGUCAAACUGUGGGUCUUACCUGUAUAGAGAUUAAUCUACCUGAUUGAUCAUUAACAGUUACACAACAAAUCUUAAUAUACAGUGAUCCAGCCGUCUUAUUUUCUCUGUGAAACUUUGUUGUGUUUACUGUUUUAUCAUCACUUCUUACUCUUUUUCUAUUAGCUUUAACUUUUAUUGCUUAGUGUUAACAGCAAUCUGCAGUCUUUUCAUGAAAUUGAACUCAAAUGCAAAUGACUUAAACGAGUGCAAAUUAAAUAAAUAAGCAAAGCAAAAUGAAUUCCAGUGUUGGACCAUUUAGUAAUAAGUUUUAUAGCACAGUCGUUUUUAAGUCUUUUGUUUAUUUUUGCCCUAUUUUAAUGUAAAUUGCCACAUUGUCAGAGUCCUUCAGUUCCAGAUAUUUGGACAGAAAUCGAGCAGUGAAAUGUUGAAAAGUUAUGUUUACUAAUUGCAAUUUUCAUGUAAUUUUUUUUCUGUUUGAUGCAACUGAAAUUUACCAGGUGCAGUGCUUUUAUUAACUGAAUUAUAUUCAUGGUAAUGCUGUAUUUAGCUUAAAUUUAUAAUAACAUAUUUAUAUUUUUAUUAUUAUUUUACAUUUAUAAUUAUUUCAUAUCAUUAGUUGACAUAAAUUAGCCUUUUGCCUUAGUAAACAAGAGCAUAGCACUAUAUUCCCGAGAUAUGUAAAGUAAAAAUAAAAUACACCAAAAAGAAAAGGAAAAGAAAAAUCCACAAAACUCUUGACCUGAUUAGUUACUCAAACUAAUCCAACCUUUUCUGAUUUGUAGAGAAUUUGUUGCUGCUUGACUAAAAUCAUGAACUUUAUUUUUUUCCAGCUUCUCUGAAGAAAAUUAAACUUGUUUUCAAAAGUUA